AUGAACAUGGUCUGGAACUACGACACCACCAACCUGUGCAUCCUCAGCUCCUCGUGGCGAAUCACCACCCCCUUCUCCCUCUACCUCUCGCUCUCCAUCAUCGCUCUCUCCGCCAUCCUGUACGAAUACCUCCGUCUGUACAUCCGACGACUCGACUCGAAACUCGCCCGUUCCUCCAUCAACUCUCUGUCCCCAACGCAUCGACGUCGUGCAUCUCUUCUCCCCACAUCUUCAUCCCCCAGCAACAGCAGCGGUGGUGGCAGUUCGGGGAUAUCCGACCGUCGUGCUAAACGUCGUUCCUCCAACAGCAGCGAUUCCCUCGCAAAUGGCAGGGAUCGAUGGGUGAAACCACUAGAGACAACGAGGAGAAUGCAGAUAUGGAGGUCGACGCUGUACGCCACUUCGAUGGGCGUCAGCUUUCUGUUGAUGUUGAUCAGUAUGACUUUCAACGCCUAUGUCAUCGGUGCGAUCGUCUUUGGUAAGUUCAUUUGUCGACACACGAUUGAUGGAAGAGAGGAUGAUGUAACUGACACCCAAGGGUAUGAUGUUUUGUUCGUGGGGAAUGACAGUCGUAUCGAAACACUCUUCCCUCACUUGCAGUCUGAUCCCACGCGCCUUCGACAGACAUGA